AUGGCCCUCCAUGGCAUCGGACCUUCUGAUAUUGCCUUCUGCAAACCCGGGGACGAUAGGUGGACCGUCUUGGACGUUUCGCUCCCAUAUUAUUGUGACAUCAUGUAUUUCAGCAAAGAUCAGCGGUUUUAUGCCUUGAAACCAGAUGAUGAUAGCAUUGAAGCUUGGGAUCUCAGAGAUCCUUCUUGUCCCAAAAAUCAAGUGUUUGAUAGUCCUUCCAUUUGUCCUGGAAAGCUUGAGGACAAACUUCAGGAAUCUUAUCAUUUUAUUCAGAAUAAUUAUUUAGUUGAAUCCUCGGGGGAUCUUUUGCUGCUUUACAGGUUCAUAGCUAACGUCACUAAUAGUGAUGAUCUUUCUGAGGAACAACGGAGUGAAAUGGAUGAGGCUUAUUGGACAUUGGGAUUUGAGGUUCGCAAGUUCGAUUUUGAUUACAAUGAGUGGGAACUUGUGGAAUGCUUAGGUGACCGGGCACUGUUUGUGGGUUCUAAUAAAUCUUUCUCUCUCUCAACUUGCGAUCAUCCGGAAUUGAUGGGGAAUUCCAUCUACUUCACAGAUGAUAACUUUAACCAAUUUAACCGCAAAUAUGGUUACCAUGAUAAUGGUGUCUUUUGCCUAGAAGAGAACAACAUAAAACCUUAUUAUCCAAGCAGUGUGAAGAUGAUUUAUCCACAUCCAAUUUGGGUUGCCCCCUCCACAAUGUAG